CGCUGCUUACUCUCCUCUUCAGUUACUGAAGAUCGUUCAGGAUGGGGCAGGACCUGGGGACGCCCCCCGUGUGAUAUGCUGCCCUGCAAGAAGAGGCGAGCGGCCCCCCUCUCGGCAGGGGGGUCUCCCCAGCGGCCGGAGCUUCCCUCGAACCCUGACCCCGGCGAGGGGCUGCCGGCCCCCGCGGCCCCCUGCUCCGCCCAGGACGGGGCCUGUCCCGAAGGCGACGGCGGCGGCGGCGGCGACAACCCCCCAGGGGAACCCUGCCUCUCCCCGGAGCCCCUCUGGGAAAGGAGCGAGGGGAGCCGUGAGGACCUGGUUGGCACCAAGGAGGAUGGAGGGCAGCAGCCUCCUCUUCCUCCCGGAGCACUGGGUUGGGAGCCCCGGAGAGCACCGCCUCCCUGCGCCGGGGACCCCCCUGGGACGCCGUCGCGGGCGGCCGAGGAUGAGCCCGAGGACGUGGGCCUCUUCAUCCCCAUGGGUAGGAGUCCGGGCCGGCCCGGCUCAAAGCCCCCUCUCCCGCCGUCCAAAGCCCCCGUCAACCGGCUAGAGUCGGGUCCCGGAGCGCACGCGGAGGAGCAGGGCGGCGAGGAGGGUGGCAGGCGGCGGCGGCGGCAGCAGCGGGCAACCAAGCGGAAGCGCGACGGGCAGGGGCCGGAGGGCAGGGCCCCGCAGCCGGAUGACCCGAGGAGGGACGCCACGCUGGACCGGACCCUGGAGGAUGGAGCCAAGCAGCACAACCUGACCGUUGUCAACGUGCGCAAUAUCUUGCACGAGGUGAUCACCAACGAGCACGUCGUCGCCAUGAUGAAGGCGGCCAUCAGCGAUGCGGCGGGGACGGACCGGCCUGUGUUUGAGCCCAAGAUGACCCGGUCGAAGCUGAAAGAGGUCGUGGAGAAAGGAGUGGUGAUUCCCACCUGGAACAUCUCACCGAUGAAAAAAGCCCAGGGAACCAAGGCCCCGCAGUUUGUCGACAUUCACCUGGACGAGGACGACUCGUCGGACGAGGAGUACCAGCCGGAGGAAGAGGAGGAGGACGAGACGGCCGAAGAGAGUUUGCUGGAGAGUGACGUGGAGAGCACGGCCUCGUCUCCCCGGGGGGCCAAGCGAUCUCGGACCAGGCAGUCCUCCGAGAUGACCGAGACGGACGAGGAGGGAGGGGUGCUGCCCGAGGCGGAGAAGGCGUCCCCACCCACGCCCGUGAGACACAUCAGCGUGGAGGUGGUGCCCAUGGGGCCGCCCCCGCCCCCGCCGCGCCCCCGGCCCAGCAAGGACAGCGCCUUCAUGGAGAAGCUGCACGCCGUGGACGAGGAGCUGGCGCUCGGCCCCCUCUGCCCCGACUCCUUCCAGCCCCUGGACGACAGCCUCAUCGCCUUCCGCACGCGCUCCAAGAUGCCCCUGAAGGACGUGCCCCUGGGGCAGCUGGAGGCGGAGCUGCAGGCGCCCGACAUCACGCCGGACAUGUACGACCCCGGCACGGCCGACGACGACGACUGGAAGGCCUGGCUGGGCGGGCUCAUGAACGACGACGUGGGCAACGAGGACGAGGGGGACGACGACGACGACGACCCCGAGUACAACUUCCUGGAGGACCUGGACGAGCCGGACACGGAGGACUUCCGCAACGACCGGGCCGUCCGCAUCACCAAAAAGGAAGUGAACGAGCUGAUGGAGGAGCUGUUCGAGACCUUCCAGGACGAGAUGGGCUUCCCGCACGUGGAGGACGAGGGGCAGGAGGAAGAGGAGGAGGAGGACGGCCCCGCCGAGUCCCGUCCCGACUUCAACACCCCCCAGGCCCUGCGGUUCGAGGAGCCGCUGGCCAACCUCCUCAGCGAGCAGCACCGCACGGUGAAGGAGCUGCUGGAGCAGCUGCGCAUGAAGAAGUCGACGGCCAAGCAGCAGCAGGAGGCCGACAGGGCCGGGCCCCACGGGCAGCGCGCCCUGCAGACCCUGGUCCUGGAUGCCGCCCAGCGGGCCCGCCUCCAGCAGCAGAUGCAGCAGCACGUGCAGCUCCUGACCCAGAUUCACCUCCUGGCCAGCUGCAACCCCAGCCUGAACGCCGAGGCCACCACCACCAGGAUGUUCCUCAGGGAGCUGGGGACGUUCGCCCAGAGUUCCCUGGUGCUGCGCCGCCCGUCCAGCCCGACUUUCCAGACGAUGUUCCAGCCCUGCAACCUGGAGGGCUGCGCGCGGCUCAUCGACGACUUCCACGGCCUCGGCCACGGCGACUGGAGCCCCCGCAAGACGGCCAAGAAGAGCGCCACGGACUACCCCAGCCUGCCGCGGCGCCUCGCCUGGAUCCUGGCCACCCGCCGGGUCUUCAUGUACCCGCAGCUGCUCCCCGUCUGCGCCCUCAAGGCCAAGAACCCCCGCGACAAGAUCCUCUUCACCAAGGCCGAGGACAACCUGCUGGCCUUGGGCCUCAAGCACUUCGAGGGGACGGAGUUUCCCAAGCCGCUCAUCAGCAAGUACCUGCUGACGGGGAAGACGGCCCACCAGCUGACCGUCAGGAUCAAGAACCUGAACAUGAAUCGGGCGCCGGACAACAUCAUCAAAUACUAUAAGAAGACCCGCCAGCUGCCCGUGCUCUUCAAGUGCUGCGAGGCCCUCCGGCCUGACCAGUGGAAGGCACCCGUGGAGAGGGAGGAGGAGCAUCUCCCCUUCUGGCUAAAGGCCAGCCUGCCGGCCAUCCAGGAGGAGCUGAGGAGCCUGGCGGGCGAGUCGGCGGGCCCGUCCGUCCCGGACGCGGAGCCGGACGGCCGCUACCCGCUGCUCCCGCCCAAGCGCCUGGCCCUCACCCUGAAGCCCCUGGCCAACCGCUUCUCCCGCCGGGCCUGGCGCCAGCGGCGCUGCCCGGCCCUGAAGCCCCUGCUCAUCCGGCCCGGCCCCCCGCAGCCGCCGCCGCCGCCGGCCCCCGACCCGGCCGAGGCGGCCCCCGUGGCUCCGCCGCCCGCCCGGCCCGGCAAGGUGCCGCUCCCGGCCCUGGCCGGCCGCCGGGCCUGCGCCGCCGGCGGGAGGAAGACCCCGCCCUGGCCCCCCGGCCUGCCGGCCCUGGCGCCCCCGCCCGCGCCCCUCUUCCUGACCGUCCCGGCGGGCACCGUCAACGUCGUGCGCCUCCUGCGACCGCUGGACGCCGGGCCCGGCCGGCCGGUGACCCCGGCCCUGCCCGUCGCCACCCUCCUGGUCAACCCCGCGCCCUUCCCCUGCCCGCUGGACCUGCCCCCGCUGCUGGUCGCCCCCGACGAAGGGGCCCCGGGACCGGCGGCGGGGCCGGGACAGGAGGAGGAGGAGCGGGAGGAGGGCCGGGGCCCGCCGGCGGGACCCGUGUCCCCCGGCGGGGUCUGCGGGCGGGAGGAGGAGGAGGAAGAGCGGGAGGAGGGGGCGACCGAGGAGCCGGAGGAAAAGGCGGCCGGCGAGGAGGGCGAGGACGCACGGGAGCGGGAGUCGCCCCCCGUGCCCGCCGAGCCCGCCAGCCCCCCGGGCAGCUCGCCCGGCGCCGCCGACGGCCCGGAGAAGGGCCGGGGCACGGCCGGGGAGGAGGAGGAGGAAGAGGAGGAGGAAGAGGAGGACUUGGACGAGCUCACGCAGGACGAGGACGACGAGGAGAUGUCGUCGGCCUCCGAGGAGUCGGUGCUGUCGGUCCCCGAGCUGCAGGAGACCAUGGAGAAGCUGACGUGGCUGGCGUCCAAGAGGCAGCUGGGCCAGGACGGAGACUCGGAGGAGGGCGACUCGGAGCCCGAGGAAGAGGAGGAAGAGGAGGAGGAGGAGGAGGAGGAAGAGGAGGAGGAGGAGGAGGCGGGGGACAGGCCGGAGGGGCUCCCGAAGGAGGCCGGGGCGCCCGGAGACCCCCAGGAGAAACCCCCGUCGCCCUGCGCCUCGCCCACCGCCACCCCCGCCACCGCGCCCAGCGGGGUGACCCCCGCCGGGGAGCCCUCCAAGGCCGCCGGGCGGGGCCGGGCCAGCCGCCGGGCCCGGGGCCGGCGGGGCCGGGGCCGGCCCAGCAAGGACGCCUCCAAGCUGCUGCUGCUGUUCGACGAGGACAUCCUGGAGCGGGACCCGCUGCGGGAGCAGAAGGACCUGGCCUUCGCCCAGGCCUACCUGACGCGGGUGCGGGAGGCCCUGGGGCCGGCCCCCGGCCGCUACGAGGACUUCCUGCGCGUCAUCUACGAGUUCGAGGCCAGCCCGCGGCGCAGCACGGCGGUGGAGCUGUUCGGGAGCCUGCGGGCCCUGCUGCGGCCCUGGCCCCAGCUGCUGCGCGACUUCGCCGCCUUCCUGCUGCCCGACCAGGCCCUGGCCUGCGGCCUGUUCGAGGAGCAGCAGGCCUUCGAGAAGAGCCGCAAGUUCCUGCGGCAGCUGGAGAUCUGCUUCGCCGAGAACCCCUCUCACCACCAGCGCAUCAUCAAAGUGCUGCAAGGCUGCGCCGACUGCGUGCCCCAGGAGAUCGCCGAGCUGAAGACGCAGAUGUGGCAGCUGCUGAAGGGGCAUCACCACCUGCAGGAUGAGUUCUCCGUCUUCUUCGACCACCUGCGCCCGGCCCCCAGCCGCCUGGAAGACUUCGAGGAAGUCCACUGGACCGAGGAGAAGGGAUACGAGUUCGACGGCUUCGAGGAGGUCGCGCUGCCCGAGGAGGAGGAGGACGAGGAGCCCCCCAAGCUGCCCCCGCCGCCCAGGAGCAAGAGGAAGAAGCUCAGGGUCCAGAACCACGACAAGGAGCCGGACUGGGCGGUCGGACCCCCGGACGGCGCCUGUCCCGGCGGCGAGGGCAGGAGGACCAAGAGGCGCGGACACUCUCCCACCAAGGCGGCUGACGGGAAGCCGAGCAGGGCCAGGGACCCCCCGGAGGGACCGAGCGGGAGCCCGCCACGGGGGCCCGGGCCCCUCCCCGAGGCCGAGGACCCCGCCUCGGUGGGCCCGGCGACGACGGCGCGGUGCCACGAAGAGGAGGAGGAGGAGGAGGAGGAACGGGAGCAGGCAGAAGUGGCGGAAGAAGGGAAGGUGGCUGAGCCCUGCCCAGAUGCCCGGGCUUCUGACUCCCCCUCACCCCGGCGUCCUCCGCCGCCGCCCUCCGACACCCGCGCCCCCGGGAGCCCGGCCGGAACCCCGCCGGGGGCCCCCUCGCCGCCCCCCAGCCCGCCGCCGGAGGCCCGGGGGGAUCGGGACCCGCCGGGGUCGGCGGCCGGCACCGCGGGCGGGUCUCCCGCGGACCGGGCCGGACCGGCGGGGGACGAGCCCCCGCCCAGGGCGGCCGAGGCGGCCACCGUCUGCGCCAAGAACAUCAAAGUCAGCUCCACGGGCGAGAAGGUGGUCCUGUGGACCAGGGAGGCCGACCGCGUGAUCCUCACGGCCUGCCAGGAGCAGGGGGCCCGGCCCCACACCUUCAGCGCCGUCUCCCAGCGGCUGGGCAACAAGACGCCCUCCGAGGUCUCGCAGCGUUUCCGGGAGCUGAUGCAGCUGUUCCACACGGCCUGCGCGCCCGCCUCCGACGAGGACGACCCGCCGUCCGACCGCGGGGAGCCGCCGUCCGACGACGAGCCCGACGACUGAGCCGGACCCCGAGGGACGCCCCCCCUCCACCCCCACCCCGG